AAGCCGCCAUUGCUGGAAGGGUUUGCGACUGAAAAGUCAUCGUUCUCACCAAACUUGCAUUAAUUACUGUUCUCAUUUCUUCAAAUAUCAAGGAAUCCUCGAAAACCCUACUGCUUUCUUCUCCCAAAGAAUAACGCUUUUGCUGCUCAGCUCACGAAGAUCGCCUCCUCUCUUCGUUGAUCAUAUUUCUUAUUAUUAACUUUGGAAGGGGUUUUGUUGGUUGAUUACACUGCAAGAUGGAGGCGGCAGCGGGAUCGGGGAUGCUUUCCCAAAUCAAUUGCAAUCAGAACCCUAAGUUGUUGCGUAGGGUACCUAAGUUUGCACCAUCCUUUGUUAAAUCCGAAAUCACCGGGAAAUCUAAUUCAAAUCAGAAUGGGAAUACUGGUGCUGGUAGGCUUUCGAUCAGUCAAUCAGCCUUCCAAAGGUACAUGAUUGGGCGGACUUUUUGCUCGGCUGGAGCAUGCAUGUUUCCUGUGGAUGCUAUCGAUUCACAUCCACAGACAAAAGAGGAGAAAAUAGGCGUGAUGCUUUUGAAUCUUGGAGGGCCCGACACACUCCAUGAUGUUCAACCAUUCUUGUACAACCUUUUUGCCGAUCCGGACAUCAUUCGCCUUCCGAGAUUGUUCAAGUUCCUCCAGCGACCCUUAGCAAAGCUAAUUUCAGUGCUUCGAGCUCCCAAGAGUAAGGAAGGUUAUGCUGCCAUUGGAGGUGGUUCCCCUCUACGUAAAAUAACCGAUGAACAGGCAAAUGCAUUAAAAUCAGCUCUCGAAACUAAGGAAGUCAAUGCUAAUGUCUACGUGGCAAUGCGGUAUUGGCACCCUUUCACUGAGGAUGCAGUUCAUCAGAUUAAGAGAGAGAGAAUCACAAGGCUAGUUGUCCUGCCACUCUACCCUCAAUAUUCUAUCUCAACAACCGGAUCAAGUCUUCGUGUUAUUCAAGACAUGUUUAUGCGCGACCCAUACUUGUCCAGACUACCUGUGGCCAUCAUACAGUCAUGGUAUCAACGACAAGGUUAUAUCAUGUCUAUGGCCGACUUAAUUGAAAAGGAGUUGCAAACUUUCCCAAACCCCGAAGAGGCGAUGAUAUUCUUCAGCGCCCACGGGGUGCCAGUUAGUUACGUUGAGGAGGCAGGUGAUCCAUAUAAGGAUCAGAUGGAAGAGUGUAUUUUCUUGAUAAUGCAGGAACUUGAAUCUAGAGGAAUUAAUAAUGAUCAUACUUUGGCUUUUCAGAGUCGCGUAGGACCUGUGCAAUGGUUAAAGCCGUACACUGAUGAAGUCCUGGUGGAGCUCGGCCGACAGGGUGUGAAGUCUCUCCUCGCAGUUCCAGUGAGCUUUGUAAGCGAGCACAUAGAAACACUUGAGGAGAUCGACAUGGAAUACAAAGAACUGGCUAUUGAAUCCGGGAUUGUCAAUUGGGGGCGCGUCCCUGCUCUCAACUGCACACCAUCGUUUAUUGAUGAUCUUGCAGAUGCAGUCACUGAAGCGCUGCCUAAGGCUACGGCACUAUCAGCUACAACUACGCCUAGUGCUGCCUCGGAGGAAACUGAAACUGAUACUGACAUGCUCGGAUAUGUUGUCAAGAUGCUGUUCGGUUCGCUCCUUGCUUUCAUUUUGCUGUUGUCGCCUAAGGUGAUCAUGGCUUUCAGGAACUUCGUUGUGUAGGAAAACAGGCCAGGCCGAGGAUCGUAUGGUUUUUGUGGUGCGGAGAACUAUACAAAUAAUAGGAUGAUGCUUCCUAACCUUACAUAUGGUGAAAUUUACAGAAUACUUUUGAUGCAUCUGGGCUUUUGAUUACACUAGUCUUUCUACAGAGAUAUGUGACAAUGUAAGAGGGGAUUGAUAAUUUGGUGAUUGCUUAUUGCUUAUUGCAGCCAUCCUUUUUGUGCA